UUGCAAUUUCUCCAAUAAUGAAGUUUUUACUCCUACUAAUCCUUUCCUGUUAUCAUCUUUUUGGGUCCUAUUAAACUUAUUUUACUACAUAUCGAUAUGUUACAAAUGCAAUAAUUUCAGGUUGCACUGGGGGCAACACAUGCUGCUUUACCUCCUGAACUUUAUUGGAAGUCCAUGCUUCCCGCCACUUCCAUGCCUAAAUUCAUCACAGAGCUCCUCCACCCAGCAGCCAGGGGGUGACAUAACCAUCCAUGUUAGAGGUAACAGUACUCUUCGCCAGCCAAAUUACAUUUAUGCUGCUAACUCCGACAACGAAGAACUCCAUAAUAUCCCAAACACAACUCUCUUCUUCUUGGAAGAGGACAUGAAGCCUGGUCACAAGAUGAACAUCCACUUCAUGCAAACCUCCAACCAGUCCUCCUUGCUGCCUCGUGAAGUGGUCAAAUCUGUUCCCUUUUCUUCAAGCAAGAUGUCUCAGAUAUUAAAAGAGUUUGCUGUGAAGCCUGGAUCAACAGAAGCCAAGGUUUUGAAGGAAACAAUAGAAUUGUGUGAGAAGCCAGGGGUUAAAGGAGAGGAGAAAUACUGUGCGACGUCGUUGGAAUCCAUGGUUGAUUUCAUCACUUUGAAGCUUGGGAAGAAUGUGGAAGCUUUGUCUACAGAGAUGAUGAUGAAGGAGACAAAGAACCAAGAAUACACAAUAAAGCAAGGAGCGAAAAGGUUAGGAGAGGCAAAGGUGGUGGUGUGCCACAAGCUCAACUACGUCUAUGCUUUGUUUUAUUGUCACGAAACGGAGACCACAAUUGCCUAUAGGGUGCCUUUGGCAGGGGCUGAUGGGAGUAAAGUGAAAGCACUGUCUCUCUGUCACAGAGACACAUCAGAGUGGAACCCGAAGCAUUUGGCCUUCCAAGUGCUAAAGGUGAAGCCGGGGAGUGUUUCUGUGUGUCACUUCCUUUCUGAAGACAACGUUGUGUGGGUUCUCUCCCAUAAAUAAUUCAAUGAUCUAACUAGAAAGGAAUAAGUAGAGUAGUGGCUAAGAAAUCUCUUCUCAUCUAUGAACCAUAUUGUGACUAAGAAUCCACAUGCCUCUCUUAAAUACAUCGUCUUUGUGCGUAUAACAUGAGAGCUCUUCGUAUUUAUAUUCGCACAUGGCUUUGUUUGUUUGUGAGUCCUAAUGUACAAUACUCUUACCCUACUUAUCGCCUGGUCCUUAAUAAAAUCUACUCCCUCCAGUCCUAAUCAAAUUUCUACUCUAUGCUUGACCAUACCUAAAUAAGAGAGCAAGUACAUCUUUUUUGUGUUCUAA